AGCGCGCAGACGCAUAGAGCAGGGUCUGCUGGCGGACCCGCGGUCAGUCUGCAGCUGCGGGAGGCCAUGGGGCGCUUCGCCGCUGCAUUGGUGGGCUCACUGUUCUGGCUGGGGCUGCUGCUAUGUGGUCUGGGCAGUCUGGCGAGCGCCGAGCCCCGGGCCCCGCCGAACAGGAUCGCAAUAGUCGGUGCUGGAAUCGGUGGUACUUCCUCCGCCUAUUAUCUAAGGAAGAAAUUUGGGAAGGACGUGAAGAUUGACGUGUUUGAGAGAGAAGAGGUCGGGGGCCGUUUGGCCACUUUGAAGGUGCAAGGUCAUGACUACGAGGCAGGGGGUUCAGUCAUUCACCCCCUAAAUUUGCACAUGAAGCGAUUUGUCAAAGAGCUGGGUCUCUCCAGUGUUCCCGCUUCAGGUGGCCUGGUGGGCGUGUACAAUGGAAAGUCUCUGGUGUUUGAGGAGAGCAGCUGGUUUGUAAUCAACGUGAUUAAGCUGGUGUGGCGCUAUGGGUUUCAGUCCCUCAGAAUGCACAUGUGGGUAGAAGACUUGUUGGACAAGUUCAUGAGGAUCUACCGUUACCAGUCCCAUGACUAUGCCUUUAGCAGUGUAGAAAAGUUGAUGCACGCCAUCGGAGGGGAUGACUACGUCAGACUGCUUAACCAAACUCUCCGUGAAAACCUGAAGAAAGCAGGCUUCUCCGAGACGUUUCUCAACGAGAUGAUUGCUCCUGUCAUGAAGGUCAAUUAUGGCCAGAGCACAGACAUCAACGCCUUUGUGGGGGCGGUGUCAUUGACGGCUGCCGAUUCCAACCUCUGGGCAGUGGAAGGUGGUAAUAAAAUUGUUUGCUCGGGGCUCCUUCAGGCCUCUAGCAGCAAUCUUAUAUCUGGCUCCGUAAUGUCAAUAGAGGAGAAGACGAGGACCAAACAGACAGGAAACCCCACCAAGAUGUAUGAAGUGGUAUAUAAAACAGGAUCUGAGACCCAUUCUGACUUCUAUGACAUUGUCCUCGUGGCUGCUCCUUUGAACCGGAAGAUGUCCAACAUAACUUUCCGAAAUUUUGAUCCGCCCAUCGAGGAAUUCAAUGACCCAUAUCAACAGCUGGUGACAACUUUCAUCAAAGGAGAACUCAAUUCCACUCUCUUCAGCUCCAGACCCAAGGAUCAGUUUGGCCUCUCGGCAAUUCUUGUCACUGAUGACUCCGAUAUGUUUAUUAACAGUCUGUCCAUUGUGGCCUCUGUAAGACAGAAGGAGGGUCCCCCACCCGCGGUGGAUGGCAUGCACGUGUGGAAGACCUUCUCCAGGGACAUCCUCACCAAAGAACAAAUUUCAAAGCUCUUCCUGUCCUAUGAUUAUGCUGUGCGGAAGCCAUGGCUGUCCUAUCCUCACUAUGAGCCUCCUCAGAAAUGUCCCUCCAUCAUCCUCCACGACCGGCUCUAUUACCUCAAUGGCAUCGAGUUUGCGGCCAGCUGCAUGGAAAUGAGCGCCAUUGCCGGCUACAACGCAGCUCUCCUCGCCUACCACCGCUGGAACGGCAAUGAGGACAUGAUUGAUCAGGACGACCUGUAUGAAAGGCUUAAGACGGAGCUGUAACUGAGCACUGCCCCUCCCCCGAGCGUCCUGCUCUCGAAGGACCGAGUCAGCAGAGAGGAAUUUGAACCUUUCCUGGUACUCCUCAUGUGGGUCAUGAGAAAACACAGCGUUCCUGUUCCUCGGAGAAUGUGUUCUUCUGUCAGAAUGUCAUCACUCUGGAUUUGGGGGCGGUACAGGAGGAUUGAACCUGAGGCCCCGUGCAUGCUGGGCAAGUGUUCCCCUCUUGAGCUGAGCUAUAUCCCUAGCCCUCCUUUGUGGUUUUUCUUUUGAGACUGGGUCUCACUAAGUUGUCCAGGUGGAAUCCUCCUGCCUCAGUCUCCGGAGAGCCUGGGAUUUGAUUCCAGGCCCUCCACAUGAGGCGUGGCUGGAUAACUGGGGAAACAUUGGAUUUUCCCAGGCUUGUCUGGUUUUAAGAGUCACCUGGAACUUCAUAAACAUCUGGGUUAGGUCAUUGGGCUGGUGUGGGCCUGGGUUUGUUUAGAUUGUAAUCUUUUCUUGUCUCUCUUUUCUUCUUUGGGGGAUGUUACAACUAGGGUCUUAGUCUGCACCCCAGGCUGGAACUCAUUAUGCAGCCCAGGCUGGUCUUGAAAUCACAGCAAUCCUCCUGUCUCAGCCUCCUAUGUGCUGGAAUACAGAUGUUUCCCAGUUCCUGGCAGUUUAUACUCUUUUGAUGAGAAUGUUCUCAAAGCCUGAAGUCCUGACUUUAAGAAUGUGACUUUUGAUUGCUUCUGCCUCGGCUUUAUCAGGGAUAGAUUCAGAGAUAGAAGCAGAGAUAGCCUGUGAUUUGGAACCAAAUAUAUAAACUAUUAACUUGAGAAACUAUUUAAUAUAUAAACUAUUAACUUGAGGAGGUCUGUUUUUCUAUACUGUGGGGAUUGAACCCAGGACCCCGAGUAUCCCAGACAAAUGCUCUACCACUGAGCUACAUUGCCAGCCUCAAGAGCUUCAGGAUCGACAUCCAGAGAAUGGAAUUUCCUAGGUUGAAGAUGGGGUCUUGGCUCUAAAGCUUUGUCAAGAUCAAGUUCCUCGCAUGCAGCCAAGGGUGAGCAGGUCCUGGGUGUCAGAUAGAGAGCUUUGAGUGCCUUAAAAGUGCUAAGCAACACAAAUCAAAACCACAGCAGACCGGUGCCAGAGGUGACUGGCUGCUCGAUGGUUAAUCAGCUGUGGUCUCCAAGGGAACGAACACUAGAGCAGAGGCGGCCUGAGUGAGCCCAGAGCAGUUGGCCUUAGAACCAGGUCUUCAUGGCUGCGUGAGUUCAGAGGGACGCGUAUCAGAUGCUGGGCAUGCGCAGUGAGGGGCCGUUGCUGAAAUCUUAAUACAGUGGCGCUCAGUUGUAGCUGCACAUGGGAGUCAGAUUUCUCUUACGUAGACAAGCUCAAGAAAUCUGGUGUUUAGUCCACUGCUCAUAGGUCUCCAGUGACUAUCAUAGCCACUAGUAUUAAGAGGGAAAAAAAGUAAUUUUGCCUGCUUUGGUGGUACUUGCCUGUCAUCCAUACCUUUGUGACAAAGCGAGAGGAUCAAAAGUUCAGAGCCAGCCUGGGCUGUGGCAACACCCUAUCUCAAGGAAUAAAAAUCAAAACUCUUCACCAGGUUAUAGCGUUGCUUCAAUAAAGCGGUCUUAAAAAGCCUGAUUCUUAAAAAUUAUUUUUCCCUACUCUAGCUGUAGGAAUUAAUAAUGUGUGGAGAAAGCAGCGGUGAUAUAUUUGAUAUGGUGACAGAAAUUAAAUUCAUAGUUUAAUCAGAAGGUUGGCUUUUUUCUAAUUCAUUUAGAGACAUUUGUAUUUUUUUCUGCUGUGGUGUUAAGGAAUGUGGUUUGUCAAAAACACAACACUCAGAAAUAUAGCACUCUCGUGGAUUCGUACGGUGGAUUUGUGCAGCGCGCCUCCUCAGAGCGGGAGUGUUUCAUGACCCCUAGUGGGCACCCGGAACUGGGAAGCAGUGAGCCCCACAUGUUCUAUUUUCCACAUGUACAAUAUACCUGUGGUAAAGUGUUAAUUUAUAAAUUUGGCACAGUAAGAGAUUAACAACAAUAAUUAUAAAAUAGAAGAAUUGUAACAAUUGGAAGUCAAUUAAAACUUACAACUUCUGGUCUGUUUCUCUUCUUUUUCUUUUCUUUCUUUCUUUCUUCUUUUUUUUUUUUCUUUUUCAUUUUGUAGACAGGGCCUCACUAUGUAGCGUUGGCUGGCCUCAAGUCAUACAGACAGCCUGCUUCUGCCUCCUGGGUCCUGGCAUUAAAGGUGUGUGCCUUCACAUCCACCAGCUCUUUCUGGUAUUUUCCACUGAGUAUUUUCAGACCAGCAAAAGCAGCAGCACCUAAGCGGGGGGGGGGCGCUGCAGAUGCAGGGACAUACAGGAUAACUAAGUUUCUACCGUUUGUGGACUUGAUUUGCAAUGGGAUAUACUUAGGCUUGUAAUUUAAAGUUUUGCUGGUGGGCCAGAGAGUUGUCUCAGUGGUUUAGAGCUACAGGCAAAGUACACAUUUAUGUCAAUUUAAAAAAUUAAGAAAAAUCUUUAGCCAGAUGUGGUGGCACAUGCCUUUAAUCCCAGGGCUUGGGAGACAGAGGCAGACAAAUCUCCUGAGUUCAAUAUAGAGGCAGGUGGAUCUUUGUGAGUGCAAGGCCAGCCUGGUCUACAUAGUGAGUUCCAUCCAGGACAGCCAGGGUAACACACUGAGUCCUUGUCUAAAUUAAUAAUAGUAGGAGUAGC